AGCUUUAAGUUCCGCGUGACAGAAAUCAGCUGACUCCAACCGAGCGGCCGUCCGCAGCUGCCUGCCAAAAUGGAUCGGCGCUUCGAAGGCGGAGGUCUGCUUCUGUCUCCGGUGGAGGAGUCGAGCGCAGAAGUCAGCAGAGACAGCGGUAACGUGUCCCAGAGCGAGAGCAGUGGAUCGGUACUCAGCGAUGUACUCAGCAGCGGUGACAUCUCUCAAAGUCCCAGCUUCAGUAUGCCCGGGCCGCCGGAGUCCACGGAGACGGAGAACUUGCUGAAGAAUACGGCGCAGAGCUACUCGGCGUACGUGAGAGCCAGUGCGGCGGAUGAGAUUCAAAAUCUAGAGAUGAGCUUGGAAGAAAUGUUGGUGAGAGUGGAUGAGUUCGUGGGAAUGCUGGACAUGAUCCGAAAUGAUACGUCUCAGGUUGUAAAUGAUAAUCUACCUCAGAUUUACAGAAAAGCUGAAGAGAUGAGAGCCGUCUACCGGAAGAUUGAUAACCUGGAUGCAUUCGUUAAAAUGGUUGGCUGUAAUGUGGCUGUAAUGGAAGAGGAAGUGACGCAGGCAGAAGCUAAUCUUGGAACACUUCCGGGCACUUUUAAAAAGUUCCUACGUGCCAUCAGUGCACCAACAUUUCUUAAUAAAACCGCCUCUCCAAGGAGACAGCAGUCACAACACAACGCGAUGCAAGUCUUCAGUACCGAUGAUUACUUCUGUCCUGAGUCAGCAGAAAAGUGAGAACUGGCCACACAGCACAAGAGCAUUUAAUACCUCAGGCGUCAAGUGCUGGGACACGCACAUUUAUUGAAAAUACAGGUUAAGAUGACACGAAUAAAACAUGGCGUACUGUUUGCAAUAUAGUGGAUCUGAUGAUAUGUCAGAAUAUCGAGGGUUCUACUCCUACUGUUCACAGUUCCAUUAGGGAAGCAUUUUGUAUGUUUAAGGAAAGCUGAUGCGCUGUUAACGGAUUUCUUAUUUCUUUAUGAAACGUCUUCCUGUUAAAAGCAUUUAAGCCAAGCAAAAAGAACUACAAAAGCCUUACGUAACAAUAACACCUACCGGACUAGUUAUUGUAGAACCAGUGCCUUGAACACUUUGUAAAUGAUUCCUCUGUAUAUUGAGGUGCAUGACAUUAGCGGUUUUUUUAUUUUUUUCUGUUCCAAUCGAGUUUCUAUUUAAGAUGAACAACUGUCAAAACUAAUUUGAAUGUUUUAUCGCUUGCAGUAGCCUAACUCUUUCUUUAACGGUUGGAGUUCCCCUUUCUUUACAAAUCAAAUGCGAUCGGAUUUCAGUUUCUCUUUGCCGCGCGAGGCUCCGCUUUUGUCUCGACGCUUGUUUCGGCGCUGCAGGAUGAAAGGAUCUUAUUUUCUUUUUAUUCAACUGUUGUAAUUGUGUUGCUAAUUUGAAGAGCUGAGGAACAGCCAGCAGAAUCCACCCGUCCUUCAGUGUGUAACAUGACAUGCACUUUACACUCGUCGUUUUCUAAUGGGUAAUAAAAUAUCUGUGUAUUACAAAGAGA